GUAUUAGGUUUUAAGAAACCAAUAUCUGAAGAGCAAGAAGAAUUCGAAUGAAUGAAAAAUUAUACCUAUUGGAAAGGGAAACGCUUACGAAGAAAAGAUCCAAAUAGUUUCAGAUCCAUAUAAACAUGAACAUGAGUUUAACCCAAUUCGGUCACCCCCACCACCCUUUCGAGAAGGACGAAUACUAGUAAACGACACAGUGCUCAGUUCAAAUUUAUAAUUUGUUACAUAAUCAUUUUAUCUUUAAUCGUACAAAUAAACAGAAAUACAUAUUACGUUUUCGAGUUCUUCCCAAUUGUUUCAAACUUUUUGCAGACUUGGCUGACCAAAUAUACGGUUCUCGUGUGCUAUAAAGCAUAUGUUCAAAAAUCGGUUAAUGCACCGCUGACGUAUAAAUAUGCCACGAGCGAACGAUUUACGUAAAGCCAAAUAUCUAACAAGUGUUUAAUCCAAGCUGGGCACAAAUAUUUUGCACAGUUGUUCCUUAAUAAGGUAUUUACUUUGACGUAUAGUAUAGUUCAUACAAUUUGCUUAGUUAUUGUAUUUUUCGUGAAAACAAUAAAAGUACCAAAUGUUCUUUGUCAAAUAAAAUUUGCGAGCUAGACAAGCAUCUACGCAAAUAGUCAAAAUAAUAACGAGACCCUUGUACCAGGGUAUAAAAGGUUUCAACUUUUAAAUUUGGCUACCAGAUCUAAUUGAUCCGACACCCGGUUUCUUGGAGGAUCAUGCGCUUGUUCCUAGUCGCGGUUUUGGCCGCUUAUUUGGCCUACGCAGCGGCCCAAACUGAAUCUAGUACGGUAACAUCAGUGACCACUCCAGUUGUAAAAGCGCAGCCUUGUUGUGAAAGUGUUCGUCAAACUCUAAUUGAAAUACGAAAAGAUAUACGCCUGUGGCUACUCGACAGGCUUUUCGGAAAACUAGUUCUUUUGCACGACGGAGAACUUCUCGGCAAUCCAAAUUAUGUGAAUUGUGUCAACGGAAAAAAACAGCUACCACUCUUAGAUGGAAGCUCAAUUACAGAUCAAACUGCAUCUACUACAACUGUCGUAAAAGGCAUUCCGGAAUCGUCUUCGAGUGCUGAUGGAAAAUCUAACCAAUCCUCAACAACGACGACAACCACAACGAAAACAUCUACCACUUCAUCUGACCCGGUUGUGGAAGUCAGUCAAGGAUCAAACGGCGGUAGCAACUCCACUCAAUCUACGACCUCCACCACAACUACCUCGUCUUCGACUCCUGUCGUAGAAGUCACUCAGGGAUCCUCUUCGAAUGCUGAUGGAAACUCUAACCAAUCCUCGACCACGACGACAACCACAACGACAACAUCAUCCCCUGAGGGUCAGUCCACCACCUCAUCUGACCCGGUUGUGGAAGUCAAUCAAGGAUCAAACGGCGGUAGCAACUCCACUCAAUCUACGACCUCCACCACAACUACCUCGUCUUCGACUCCUGUCGUAGAAGUCACUCAGGGAUCCUCUUCGAAUGCUGAUGGAAACUCUAACCAAUCCUCGACCACGACGACAACCACAACGACAACAUCAUCCGAUGAGGGUCAAUCCACCACCUCAUCUGACCCGGUUGUGGAAGUCAGUCAAGGAUCAAACGGCGGUAGCAACUCCACUCAAUCUACGACCUCCACCACAACUACCUCGUCUUCGACUCCUGUCCAACUCCACUCAAUCUACGACCUCUACACAACUACCUCGUCUUCGACUCCUGUCGUAGAAGUCACUCAGGGAUCCUCUUCGAAUGCUGAUGGAAACUCUAUCCAAUCCUCGACCACGACGACAACCACAACGACAACAUCAUCCGAUGAGGGUCAAUCCAGCACCUCAUCUGACCCGGUUGUGGAAGUCAAUCAAGGAUCAAACGGCGGUAGCAACUCCACUCAAUCUACGACCUCCACCACAACUACCUCGUCUUCGACUCCUGUCGUAGAAGUCACUCAGGGAUCCUCUUCGAAUGCUGAUGGAAACUCUAACCAAUCCUCGACCACGACGACAACCACAACGACAACAUCAUCCCCUGAGGCUCAUUCCACCACCUCAUCUGACCCGGUUGUGGAAGUCAAUCAAGGAUCAAACGGCGGUAGCAACUCCACUCAACCUACGACCUCUACAACAACUACCUCGUCUUCGACUCCUGUCGUAGAAGUCACUCAGGGAUCCUCUUCGAAUGCUGAUGGAAACUCUAACCAAUCCUCGACCACGACGACAACCACAACGACAACAUCAUCCGAUGAGGGUCAAUCCAGCACCUCAUCUGACCCGGUUGUGGAAGUCAGUCAAGGAUCAAACGGCGGUAGCAACUCCACUCAAUCUACGACCUCCACCACAACUACCUCGUCUUCGACUCCUGUCGUAGAAGUCACUCAGGGAUCCUCUUCGAAUGCUGAUGGAAACUCUAACCAAUCCUCGACCACGACGACAACCACAACGACAACAUCAUCCCCUGAGGGUCAGUCCACCACCUCAUCUGACCCGGUUGUGGAAGUCAAUCAAGGAUCAAACGGCGGUAGCAACUCCACUCAAUCUACGACCUCCACCACAACUACCUCGUCUUCGACUCCUGUCGUAGAAGUCACUCAGGGAUCCUCUUCGAAUGCUGAUGGAAACUCUAACCAAUCCUCGACCACGACGACAACCACAACGACAACAUCAUCCGAUGAGGGUCAAUCCACCACCUCAUCUGACCCGGUUGUGGAAGUCAGUCAAGGAUCAAACGGCGGUAGCAACUCCACUCAAUCUACGACCUCCACCACAACUACCUCGUCUUCGACUCCUGUCGUAGAAGUCACUCAGGGAUCCUCUUCGAAUGCUGAUGGAAACUCUAACCAAUCCUCGACCACGACGACAACCACAACGACAACAUCAUCCGAUGAGGGUCAAUCCACCACCUCAUCUGACCCGGUUGUGGAAGUCAAUCAAGGAUCAAACGGCGGUAGCAACUCCACUCAAUCUACGACCUCUACAACAACUACCUCGUCUUCGACUCCUGUCGUAGAAGUCACUCAGGGAUCCUCUUCGAAUGCUGAUGGAAACUCUAACCAAUCCUCGACCACGACGACAACCACAACGACAACAUCAUCCGAUGAGGGUCAAUCCAGCACCUCAUCUGACCCGGUUGUGGAAGUCAAUCAAGGAUCAAACGGCGGUAGCAACUCCACUCAAUCUACGACCUCCACCACAACUACCUCGUCUUCGACUCCUGUCCAACUCCACUCAACUACGACCUCUACAACAACUACCUCGUCUUCGACUCCUGUCGUAGAAGUCACUCAGGGAUCCUCUUCGAAUGCUGAUGGAAACUCUAACCAAUCCUCGACCACGACGACAACCACAACGACAACAUCAUCCGAUGAGGGUCAAUCCAGCACCUCAUCUGACCCGGUUGUGGAAGAUCAAGGAUCAAACGGCGGUAGCAACUCCACUCAAUCUACGACCUCCACCACAACUACCUCGUCUUCGACUCCUGUCGUAGAAGUCACUCAGGGAUCCUCUUCGAAUGCUGAUGGAAACUCUAACCAAUCCUCGACCACGACGACAACCACAACGACAACAUCAUCCGAUGAGGGUCAAUCCACCACCUCAUCUGACCCGGUUGUGGAAGUCAAUCAAGGAUCAAACGGCGGUAGCAACUCCACUCAAUCUACGACCUCUACAACAACUACCUCGUCUUCGACUCCUGUCGUAGAAGUCACUCAGGGAUCCUCUUCGAAUGCUGAUGGAAACUCUAUCCAAUCCUCGACCACGACGACAACCACAACGACAACAUCAUCCGAUGAGGGUCAAUCCAGCACCUCAUCUGACCCGGUUGUGGAAGUCAAUCAAGGAUCAAACGGCGGUAGCAACUCCACUCAAUCUACGACCUCCACCACAACUACCUCGUCUUCGACUCCUGGUCAAACUACCUCGUCUUCGACUCCUGUCGUAGAAGUCACUCAGGGAUCCUCUUCGAAUGCUGAUGGAAACUCUAACCAAUCCUCGACCACGACGACAACCACAACGACAACAUCAUCCGAUGAGGGUCAAUCCACCACCUCAUCUGACCCGGUUGUGGAAGUCAAUCAAGGAUCAAACGGCGGUAGCAACUCCACUCAAUCUACGACCUCUACAACAACUACCUCGUCUUCGACUCCUGUCGUAGAAGUCACUCAGGGAUCCUCUUCGAAUGCUGAUGGAAACUCUAACCAAUCCUCGACCACGACGACAACCACAACGACAACAUCAUCCGAUGAGGGUCAAUCCACCACCUCAUCUGACCCGGUUGUGGAAGUCAAUCAAGGAUCAAACGGCGGUAGCAACUCCACUCAAUCUACGACCUCUACAACAACUACCUCGUCUUCGACUCCUGUCGUAGAAGCCACUCAGGGAUCCUCUUCGCGUGCUGAUGGAAACUCUAACCAAUCCUCGACCACGACGACAACCACAACGACAACAUCAUCCGAUGAGGGUCAAUCCAGCACCUCAUCUGACCCGGUUGUGGAAGUCAAUCAAGGAUCAAACGGCGGUAGCAACUCCACUCAAUCUACGACCUCCACCACAACUACCUCGUCUUCGACUCCUGUCGUAGAAGUCACUCAGGGAUCCUCUUCGAAUGCUGAUGGAAACUCUAACCAAUCCUCGACCACGACGACAACCACAACGACAACAUCAUCCGAUGAGGGUCAAUCCAGCACCUCAUCUGACCCGGUUGUGGAAGUCAGUCAAGGAUCAAACGGCGGUAGCAACUCCACUCAAUCUACGACCUCCACCACAACUACCUCGUCUUCGACUCCUGUCGUAGAAGUCACUCAGGGAUCCUCUUCGAAUGCUGAUGGAAACUCUAACCAAUCCUCGACCACGACGACAACCACAACGACAACAUCAUCCGAUGAGGGUCAAUCCACCACCUCAUCUGACCCGGUUGUGGAAGUCAAUCAAGGAUCAAACGGCGGUAGCAACUCCACUCAAUCUACGACCUCAACCACAACGACAACAUCAUCCGAUGAGGGUCAAACUACCUCGUCUUCGACUCCUGUCGUAGAAGUCACUCAGGGAUCCUCUUCGAAUGCUGAUGGAAACUCUAACCAAUCCUCGACCACGACGACAACCACAACGACAACAUCAUCCGAUGAGGGUCAAUCCACCACCUCAUCUGACCCGGUUGUGGAAGUCAGUCAAGGAUCAAACGGCGGUAGCAACUCCACUCAAUCUACGACCUCCACCACAACUACCUCGUCUUCGACUCCUGUCGUAGAAGUCACUCAGGGAUCCUCUUCGAAUGCUGAUGGAAACUCUAACCAAUCCUCGACCACGACGACAACCACAACGACAACAUCAUCCGAUGAGGGUCAAUCCACCACCUCAUCUGACCCGGUUGUGGAAGUCAAUCAAGGAUCAAACGGCGGUAGCAACUCCACUCAAUCUACGACCUCCACCACAACUACCUCGUCUUCGACUCCUGUCGUAGAAGUCACUCAGGGAUCCUCUUCGAAUGCUGAUGGAAACUCUAACCAAUCCUCGACCACGACAACAACCACAACGACAACAUCAUCCGAUGAGGGUCAAUCCACUACCUCAUCUGACCCGGUUGUGGAAGUCAAUCAAGGAACAAACGGCGGUAGCAACUCCACUCAAUCUACGACCUCAACCACAACGACAACAUCAUCCGAUGAGGGUCAAACUACCUCGUCUUCGACUCCUGUCGUAGAAGUCACUCAGGGAUCCUCUUCGAAUGCUGAUGGAAACUCUAUCCAAUCCUCGACCACGACGACAACCACAACGACAACAUCAUCCGAUGAGGGUCAAUCCAGCACCUCAUCUGACCCGGUUGUGGAAGUCAAUCAAGGAUCAAACGGCGGUAGCAACUCCACUCAAUCUACGACCUCCACCACAACUACCUCGUCUUCGACUCCUGUCGUAGAAGUCACUCAGGGAUCCUCUUCGAAUGCUGAUGGAAACUCUAACCAAUCCUCGACCACGACGACAACAUCAUCCGAUGAGGGUCAAUCCACCACCUCAUCUGACCCGGUUGUGGAAGUCAGUCAAGGAUCAAACGGCGGUAGCAACUCCACUCAAUCUACGACCUCCACCACAACUACCUCGUCUUCGACUCCUGUCGUAGAAGUCACUCAGGGAUCCUCUUCGAAUGCUGAUGGAAACUCUAACCAAUCCUCGACCACGACGACAACCACAACGACAACAUCAUCCGAUGAGGGUCAAUCCACCACCUCAUCUGACCCGGUUGUGGAAGUCAGUCAAGGAUCAAACGGCGGUAGCAACUCCACUCAAUCUACGACCUCCACCACAACUACCUCGUCUUCGACUCCUGUCGUAGAAGUCACUCAGGGAUCCUCUUCGAAUGCUGAUGGAAACUCUAACCAAUCCUCGACCACGACGACAACCACAACGACAACAUCAUCCGAUGAGGGUCAAUCCACCACCUCAUCUGACCCGGUUGUGGAAGUCAGUCAAGGAUCAAACGGCGGUAGCAACUCCACUCAAUCUACGACCUCCACCACAACUACCUCGUCUUCGACUCCUGUCGUAGAAGUCACUCAGGGAUCCUCUUCGAAUGCUGAUGGAAACUCUAACCAAUCCUCGACCACGACAACAACCACAACGACAACAUCAUCCGAUGAGGGUCAAUCCACUACCUCAUCUGACCCGGUUGUGGAAGUCAAUCAAGGAACAAACGGCGGUAGCAACUCCACUCAAUCUACGACCUCCACCACAACUACCUCGUCUUCGACUCCUGUCGUAGAAGUCACUCAGGGAUCCUCUUCGAAUGCUGAUGGAAACUCUAACCAAUCCUCGACCACGACGACAACCACAACGACAACAUCAUCCGAUGAGGGUCAAUCCACCACCUCAUCUGACCCGGUUGUGGAAGUCAAUCAAGGGUUGACAACAACUACCUCGUCUUCGACUCCUGUCGUAGAAGUCACUCAGGGAUCCUCUUCGAAUGCUGAUGGAAACUCUAACCAAUCCUCGACCACGACGACAACCACAACGACAACAUCAUCCGAUGAGGGUCAAACUACCUCGUCUUCGACUCCUGUCGUAGAAGUCACUCAGGGAUCCUCUUCGAAUGCUGAUGGAAACUCUAACCAAUCCUCGACCACGACGACAACCACAACGACAACAUCAUCCGAUGAGGGUCAAUACACCUCAUCUGACCCGGUUGUGGAAGUCAGUCAAGGAUCAAACGGCGGUAGCAACUCCACUCAAUCUACGACCUCCACCACAACUACCUCGUCUUCGACUCCUGGUCAAACUACCUCGUCUUCGACUCCUGUCGUAGAAGUCACUCAGGGAUCCUCUUCGAAUGCUGAUGGAAACUCUAACCAAUCCUCGACCACGACGACAACCACAACGACAACAUCAUCCGAUGAGGGGCAAUCCACCACCUCAUCUGACCCGGUUGUGGAAGUCAGUCAAGGAUCAAACGGCGGUAGCAACUCCACUCAAUCUACGACCUCCACCACAACUACCUCGUCUUCGACUCCUCAACUCCACUAAAUCUACGACUCUACAACAACUACCUCGUCUUCGACUCCUGUCGUAGAAGUCACUCAGGGAUCCUCUUCGAAUGCUGAUGGAAACUCUAACCAAUCCUCGACCACGACGACAACCACAACGACAAUAUCAUCCGAUGAGGGCCAAUCCACCACCUCAUCUGACCCGGUUGUGGAAGUCAGUCAAGGAUCAAACGGCGGUAGCAACUCCACUCAAUCUACGACAUCUACAACAACUACCUCGUCUUCGACUCCUGUCGUAGAAGUCACUCAGGGAUCAUCUUCGAAUGCUGAUGGAAACUCUAACCAAUCCUCGACCACGACGACAACAACAAACAUCAGUCAAGGAAGCCCCAAAUGGACUAAAACUACAAAAACUUAUUCGUCAAAAACUAUAAGAAUCCCGAAGUCAAGCAGAAACUCUAGUUUUAACAAAACUUUGACAACCGUAACGACAAGUUCCUCCUCAACUCCUCAGACCAAAUAUUCUUGGUCAAGCUCUUCAAAGAAAUCGUAUAUUGGUGGCAAGGCUAAAAAAUAUUGGAACAAGCGCUGGACUAAAAAGUCCCGUAAAAAUAACGAUGGUAGUUCCACGGUUGUUGCAGAGGAAUCGUCUGACUCAUUAACAGAUGCUGGCGUUGAUGGCACGCAAGGAAAUGUUUUGAACGAUAAGAGUAAUUCGAGUCAGUCUACAGUUACCUCUUCUUUGCCUGUUGUAGAUGCCAGUACAAAUGUUCAGAACAGAGAAACAAGCUCAACAACGACUCAGAACACAAACAAAUACUCGUCGAAGUCCUCUAAGGUCUCCAAGUCUAAUGGUCAGUCCAGUACCAGCACUACCAAAACUACAAAAACCGUAACGACAAGCACUUCCUCAACACCCAACGUUAGGAGCUCAUCAAAGAAAUCUACCAAUGGUGGAAAAUCGGUCAAGACCACGAUAACAACAACUUCUUCAAAGAAUGGUCAAUCCAGCUCAGGUUUAUCCCCUGUUGUAAAAAUUGCACAGGAAAUUCCACAAAACGAUAUUGAAAGUUUGAACCAGGUCACUACAACGACAACAUCAUCUGAGAGCCAAAUCGGCGUACCUUCAACACCUGUUGUUAAAGUUACGAAGGAAACCUCAAUUAGCAAAGAUGGGAAGACUACCCGAUCAUCAACUACAACAACCACAACUACCACGACCAAAGGAAGUAAUAAUUCAGGUAGCUUAACUCUUCCUGCGGUUGAUGCCAGCAUUGGUCUCCCUCAGAAUAUUAAUGGUGGAAGGUUAAGCUCUAAAUCGUCUACAACAACUACGACAACAUCCACAAAGGGAAGUAAGACAUCUCUACCGGGAGUUGAUGCCAUCAUAAAGAAGAUUAAGGACACAAACAUUUUGUCAAAGAUAGACUUGAGUCUGCCUAAGCUUGAUGCCAGUCUAAAUGUUAAUGGUGGAAAGUCAAGCUCUACGUCGUCAACAACAACUACGACAACAUCCACAAAAGGGUCAUCCAAUACCUUGUCCCUACCUGAAGUUGAUGCCGGCAUAGCCAUUAACGGCGAUGGGUCCCGCUCAAAGAUAGACUUGAGUCUCCCUAAACUUGAUGCCAGUCUGAAUGUUAACGGUGGAAGGUCAAGCUCUAGAUCGUCUACAACAACUACGACAACAUCCACAAAGGGAAGUAAGACAACCCUACCGGGUGUUGAUGCCAUCAUAAAGAAGAUUAAGGACACAAACAUUUUGUCAAAGAUAGACUUGAGUCUGCCUAAGCUUGAUGCCAGUCUAAAUGUUAAUGGUGGAAAGUCAAGCUCUACUUCGUCAACAACAACUACUACAACAUCCACAAAAGGAAGUAAAUCAUCCAAUACCUUGUCUCUACCGGAAGUUGAUGCCGGCAUAGCCAUUAACGGCGAUGAGUCCCGCUCAAAGAUAGACUUGAGUCUCCCAAAACUUGAUGCCAGUCUAAAUGUUAAUGGUGGAAGGUCAAGCUCUAGAUCGUCUACAACAACUACGACAACAUCCACAAAGGGAAGUAAGACAACCCUACCGGGUGUUGAUGCCAUCAUAAAGAAGAUUAAGGACACAAACAUUUUGUCAAAGAUAGACUUGAGUCUGCCUAAGCUUGAUGCCAGUCUAAAUGUUAAUGGUGGAAAGUCAAGCUCUACUUCGUCAACAACAACUACGACAACAUCCACAAAAGGAAGUAAAUCAUCCAAUACCUUGUCUCUACCGGAAGUUGAUGCCGGCAUAGCCAUUAACGGCGAUGAGUCCCGCUCAAAGAUAGACUUGAGUCUCCCAAAACUUGAUGCCAGUCUGAAUGUUAAUGGUGGAAGGUCAAGCUCUAGAUCGUUUACAACAACUACGACAACAUCCACAAAGGGAAGUAAGACAACCCUACCGGGUGUUGAUGCCAUCAUAAAGAAGAUUAAGGACACAAACAUUUUGUCAAAGAUAGACUUGAGUCUGCCUAAGCUUGAUGCCAGUCUAAAUGUUAAUGGUGGAAAGUCAAGCUCUACUUCGUCAACAACAACUACGACAACAUCCACAAAAGGAAGUAAAUCAUCCAAUACCUUGUCUCUACCGGAAGUUGAUGCCGGCAUAGCCAUUAACGGCGAUGAGUCCCGCUCAAAGAUAGACUUGAGUCUCCCAAAACUUGAUGCCAGUCUGAAUGUUAAUGGUGGAAGGUCAAGCUCUAGAUCGUCUACAACAACUACGACAACAUCCACAAAGGGAAGUAAGACAACCCUACCGGGUGUUGAUGCCAUCAUAAAGAAGAUUAAGGACACAAACAUUUUGUCAAAGAUAGACUUGAGUCUGCCUAAGCUUGAUGCCAGUCUAAAUGUAAAUGGUGGAAAGUCAAGCUCUACUUCGUCAACAACAACUACGACAACAUCCACAAAAGGAAGUAAAUCAUCCAAUACCUUGUCUCUACCGGAAGUUGAUGCCGGCAUAGCCAUUAACGGCGAUGAGUCCCGCUCAAAGAUAGACUUGAGUCUCCCAAAACUUGAUGCCAGUCUAAAUGUUAAUGGUGGAAAGUCAAGCUCUACAUCUUCAACAACAACUACGACAACAUCCACAAAAGGAAGUAAAUCGUCUGAAACUUUGUCUGUACCGAGUGUUGAUGCCGGAAUAUCUAUUGAUGGCGGAAUAUCAGGAUCAACAUCAACUAAAACUAUUAAAAUAACCACAAAUAACUCGGUAGCUCCCAGGUCUAGUUCUACAUCCAAAACUACUACCACGACCACUACAUCAAAAACUUCAUCGGUCCCAAAAACAGAGUCCAAAUACUCCUGGUCUAGUUCGUCGGAGAAAAAAUCCAACCCUAUUCGCUUAACCCUACCUACCAUUAACGCAGGUGUUGCAGUUGGCGGAGGAGAUUCUUCAGGCUCGUGGUCCAAGCUAGUUAAGAGGAGCACCAGCAGCGAUGAGACAAUUGCCAAUGAUGGUUCAUCCCUUUCCGGUUCUAUUGUAGGUGCCGGUGCAGGUGGAUCCUGGUCUCAGCGAUCAGGAUUCUCUGGUGACAGUUCCAGUGGCAAGGGAUCUCAGGACAUUCGCAUUCGAUUGGCCCGAGGACAGACAGGAAACAAUGCUCAGUCCCAAAACUCCAAUUCUUGGACCCAAAGCGCUACCCAAGGCAGCGAAAGUUUGGCUAAUGGAGCAGUAUCCGCCGAUGGCUUAAAUGUGGAGGGACCGGAGAGUUCCGAUGACGCAACCACGAUCCAAGGUGGCUCUGUCGGUGUAACCGGACAAUAUCCAUACUGGUGGGGCAACGGCCGUUGGGUGGGCGUUGGAGCCAGGCCGAGUUGGAGAUAUGGAUGGCGUCCUUAUGGAAGCGGUUGGGGCGGAUGGAACAGUCAAUAUUAGAGUUGGUCCGUGGGAAUGGCUAAGGCCAAGGCAAAACGGCGCAAGACUUUAAUGUACACGAUUGUAAAAUAUAUGCAUACGAAUAUUAUAAAA